CCAGUUGUUCUACACACUGCCGGUUGUGUACCGGGUGCCGCACGCUGAUGUUGAUCGUACAAUAACAGAAUGCACACUGAGCACGGCAUGAUCGGCUUAUCAUAAAGUAAACGAUGCCGUUGUAUUGCCGAAUGUUCGCGGUUAUGUUCACCAACACUCUGAAGGGAGUCGCGAUUAUCGGACCAGCCCACACGGCCGCCGCGCGUUUGUUGCAUCUUGUGCGGUGAUUUUGGUGGAUCGUCAUCACUAACGAACUGAUAUUGGCGUUACGCAAAUCAACCGCAACGAAAUGGACGAAAAUUGCAGCGUUGAAGUAUCUUCCGGUCCGAUAAAUGGCGUGAUAAUUCGGCUGCCCGACAGCGAUGGUGUGUGCUACUGCUUCAGAGGAAUACCGUACGCAAUCCCACCCGUGGGAUCGUUACGUUUUCGUCCCCCAAAACCCGUUACGCGACACGCGGAGGGUGCACCACUAGACUGCACCACAGAACGGAGCGUCAGCUUAGCCAGUAGCUAUCUUCCGCCGGAACCGCAGCUCGCAUCGGAAGAUUGUUUGUACUUGAAUGUUUACACACCGAUAAACCCGAACGUGCUUGGCCGGGAUGUGCGACCGGAACCUUUACGCCCACUACCGGUAAUGGUGUGGCUACACGGCGGUGCAUUCUGUACCGGAAGUGGCGAUUCGUCUAUUUACCACCCCGAGUGGCUGGUUGCCCAGGGUGUAAUUGUCGUCACGGUGAACUACCGACUAGGGCCAGCCGGUUUCCUCUGCUUACCAUCGGUGGGAAUUUAUGGCAAUAUGGGACUGAAAGAUCAACGUUUGGCACUAGAGUGGGUGCAGACUAACAUAGGCAAGUUCGGAGGUGAUGCUGACAAUGUGACCCUGUUUGGGGAAAGUGCCGGAGGAGUUUCGGCCCAUCUGCAUUAUCUGUCCGAGGGAUCGCAGCAUCUGUUCCACAAGAUCAUAUGCCAGUCGGGUGUAGCGACUAGUUCGAUUACGUUUCAAAAACAUCCGGAAAGCAAAACCCGACGGCUAGCGGAAUUUUUUGGUUGCCCAUCGGAUGCAUCUGAUGCUGAAGUGCUGGGUAGGUUGAGGUACAUUUAGAAAAUAGUUUUAAAA